GCGAUCACGCAUUGCUUAGCUAGCACUUCUGGGCGAGCUACAUAGCCAGACCGUUAAUUAUUGUUAAUUAUUGCUUCUGAUUGAAGUGAAGGAAUCCUAGAAAGCCGUUGAUGUAGCUCGCUCAUAAACUGCAGUGUCGGAAUAUUGUUUUGUGAACGAAAGACACAAUUUAUUUUUAGGGCUCCAAGGCAACUGCCUAAGAGCGUGGCAGAAGUUAGCAAUGCUGUUUCUGGUUAACGUUAUAGUUAACGUUAAUCUACCAGCUAACGUAACUUACAUCACGGGUAGCUAGCAUAUGGAUUUUGACCUACAGCAAAUAGCUUCACUCUAAUUUAUCUACGUUUCAUGUUGUGAUGGGUAUGAAAACUGCUGCUAAGAUAACUAAUUAGCAAGCGUGCCAGUCCUCGUACGUGAGACAUACUUGGGGUUAACUGUACAAAAGGACGGAUGUCACGUAGCCAAAAAUGAGCCUGGACGUGGAUUCUACUGGAGACCAAAAACUGUCCUUAAUUUAUGAGGACGACUCUUUUGAAACGUGGCCAAGCAGUGAUGACAACAGCAGUACUGUGACAGAGCGUCCAGCCACCGCUUCCCGAGCUAUCGAAUCGCAAUGGACAGAAUCCUACAGCAGUGACUCAUUUCUGUCUUACCAAGAUGAAGCCUUUGAGCAGCGUGAUGAAAAUGAAUGCGCAAUGGAGGAAGAGCUGAGAAGGAAAUGGAUUGGGAUCCUCAGGACUGAAGCCCCCCUCUCCAAGCCUCCCCCAAAGCAGAGAUCAAACCCUCAUCUCUGCAGAGGUAGUGGGAGACUGCGCCCGGAAGAGCGUGUGGCUUUGAAGGAGUUCUGUCGAGGGAAGAUCAGACAGGUACAGUCUUGGCAGGAGACGGACCCUCCUGCCUGCUGUGCACAGCGGAGCCAGCAGACGAUGUCCUAUCCGGAGCAGUCAGGAGCGCUGGCCUGCGGCCCAGUGCCCAGACACGUUAUCUCCAUGCUGAGGCUGAAAAGUUUCACGGAGGAGAUGAAGCAGGCUGUUAUGGCAGAGCUACACCAGCCCUCUCGCUGCACACCGUGCCAGGACAAACUGGCCAGGCUUGCCCAGGACACCUUUAUCAGGAAGAAGAGGACCCAACUGCAGUCUAGGCUAUUGCAGGAAAAACUAAACUCGCACCUCUGCAACAAGGACUCUAUAUGCCUGGUUGGAGAAGUGCUGAGGGAUAUUCCUAAAACUUCCGAUGACCCCAGCAAGAUCUGGCAAGCUUUACUGGCAAAAGAACCAUGGACACCCCAGUGAAUUCAUGGAGGGGUCACACUGCACCGAUGUGAAUGUGAAAACAUUUUGUCUUAUAAUUAUUUAUAACACAUGACUUUGCAAUCUGCUGCCACCAAAAGAUAUGUAAUUCCAAAUAUAUGUGUCUUUAUAUUUUAUGAACAGACAGAGGUGCCUGCCACAAAACAAUGAGGCUGAUUGGUUUAAGCUCUCAGGGGUUCCAUCCAGUAAGACAUUUGCAGUGAUAUUUCAGGUUUUAUUUGUGUGCUUGACAUCAGUGUAAUGGCUCAGAUAAUUGCAUUCCUUGUAAUAAUUCAAACAGAAUCUGGUAGUUCUAGUCUGAUUAUACAUUUGCAGAACAAUUUUGUUUUUUCAUUGCAAAUGACAUGAUGUAUAAUUACCAAGCAAACUCAUCAGAGCAAUGAUGAGCAAGGUUUUUUUAUUAUUACACGUUUUGAGGGUAUGAAUGAGGACAACAAAUGUAUCUAAAAUAGCAGUUCCUGUCAAAGAACAUGUUGUACCAUCUCAUUAUCUGCUCACAGCAAAGGCUGUCGGUAAUGAGAAAACACUACUCUUUUUACUUUGUUUUUACCCAGUGGAAAGUCAAACAGCUAGAACUAAAUCAGACCCCAAGUUCAGUCUGACUACAACUCACUGUACAUUUCAGGAAUUAAUUUAUAUCUCUUUUAUUUGAUACUUGAACAUCAUAAGGUAUUUGCUAUUAGCUGAAAUGAAUGAACGAACAAGUUGCAAAAAAUAAAUAAAGGUUAAAAAAAACUUGAUUAAAUUGUUCUUUCAAAGUUUUGAACAAUGGACACUGAUUAAAUGAAAUCUACACUGGGAUAAAAAAACAGGCACAAGGAUGUAUGUGCAGUGGGAGUUUACUUUGAAGCACACUUUGAGGGGGUGGCAGAAAAAAAUAAAUAGAAGCCUUGCAAGACUUGUGCUGUAAAUUUAUUUUAAGAUAACCUUUCAGUACAAGAGAACUUAGACAUGUAGAUAAGAAAUCUAUGAGACAGACAUACUGUACAAGUGUCUAUAUUUUUAUAACUACAAAGAAAGUUUGGCUUGACAACUGUAAGAGUUUGUUCUGUUAUUUUGAAGCAUAAUUAUAAAUUAAGAGCUUUGAUAGUAAGUACAAGUGGUGUACAUACAUGUUCACAUAUGAGUGUCAAAAUGAACCAGGAAAUGAUUAUGAGGGAGGAAUUAAAAAUACUGCCCAGUGAUUAAUGUAAAUAUAGUAUUCCUUGUUCACAAAACAACCCUACAAACUAAAUACUGUUGUUCAAAUGGAGCUCACAGUAAAUGUUGCAUUUCUGUAUUUGUGUUGCUUGCUUUUUAAUACACACAACACAAAAACCACAUAUCAAAAAGUAAUAUUUCAUUCAGUCACACUUUGCGUUAAGGUUACCUCUAUAAGACCUUGAUAAUAUAUACAUAACACCUUUGUGAGCAUGGUGUUACAAAGCAGUUAUAAGCAGAUGUUGUGUUAUGAUGGCUGAGAGAAUGAUGCACCAUGUUUUAAUGUGCAUGGUUUUACAUAAUGUUCUAUUUCAGUCUACCAUCAGCAAGCACUGAAGUGGUUUAUGAAUGCUGUAUGAUGUAGUAAUGCCAUGCUUGCAAAGGUGUUGCAUAUGCUCUAUGUAUGCACGCUUCAAAUGCGUGACUCAUUUUUUCUGUCUUUAUUUGCACUUUUUUAAUUGUGACCUCUUGGUAUUUUUUGUUGCAAGAAAACUAUGGUCAAAAUCUACAUUUUGAUGUGUUUAAAUACUUUAAUAAUAUUGGAUCAAUAUUCAGUUUCAUUGAGUUAACUUUCAGUAUUAUUUAGAUUUAAUUUUAAAUAUU